AUUUUGACCAAGAAGAAGACAUACUCGUCGGGAUACACGAACACUUACUUAUUUUCAGUGGUGUCUGUGUCUGUGAAUUAUUGGAAAAAAGAGUGUUUUGUUUAUAAAUUUAAUUGCAAAACUGCACAUAGACGCGUCACACACGCAUCGCACACACACACCCCAACCGAGUGUGUGUUAUCAAUGGAUAAGGCAGCACGCCAACGCCAGGCCACAAAAGUGAAUUUUUUCUAGCGAAGGAAAAAAAUGGCGCCCGCAGCCAGAGCAAAACUUGACUUUCUUUUCGGUGUAUAGUUCGUCUCGCCAAGUCUCGUUGCCGCAGUGCGCGAUCCCCCCAGAAAAGUGUAUUAGAACAUCGCAGUGGCGAAGCAGAAAAAACUGAAAACAGAAAAGCGUGAAAAAAUCGUCGGAAAGAGCACGAAUCGAAACGAAAAACUACAAAAAAUUGUUGUGCAUUCUGCCUCGUACAUGUACAGGCGCAAAUUACGAUUACCAUUACCAAUAUUCCACUUACUACUACUAGAGGAGGCUAGUAUUUUGUACGUGCUUUAGAAUACAUACAUACACACCUACAUAUACCACAAGAAAGCGAGAAGUGCAAUUACAUUUGCGUUUGGAAAUUUUGCGCUUUUUUCUCUUCCGCCUCCCCUCCGCCCAUCCGUCCGCCCCGUCCCCCUCUCUCUCUCUCUCUCUAUCUAUCUCUUUCUAUCUGCUUCCCCCCCUCCUGCACUGCACUGCACUCCUAAAAUAAAAUGUGCGCCGCCCAGAAUCCGCCGCCCUUUGGCUAUACCUGGGGCUUCGCUGACAACGGCAGCCGCACCGCCGAAUCGGUUCUGGAGAUAUCGCCGAACAUCAACUACACCGUCAGCGGGGAGUCGAUGCCCUACUUGUUGGCCACAGAUGGAUCACUGGCCGUGCAAAAGGAUGUGAAAGGUGCCCUGGCAGCAGCCGGAAAUAAAAAUGUCGUCCGUCGCAUGUUCGUUGUAAACGAUCCUUCAUUUCCGCCAGGGACUCAAAGAGUUAUCACCACUGGAGGAGCCUCGACGGUGGUCAAGAAGCAGGACGCCAACCAGCAGGUCCUGAGCCUCGACAAAAACUAUCUUCUGGUUGAUCAGGCCACGGCAGCAGCAGCUGCAGCCGCGGCGGCUGGAGAUCCCACAGCCCAUCAUCAGUUGGCCAAUGGGAGUAUCGUCGAUGCCAAGACCGGACAAACGGUGCUGACGGCCGGCUCGGCGGCCAAGUCGCACUUCAGCUCGAUCGGAGCACUGCACCUCACGCAGGAGGAGUGCAACGAGAUCCUGAUCAAGCGCGCUAUCGCCGCUGGCCACCAUCAGACGCACACGAUCACAACUGCCGACGGAGCGCAUCAUCAUGCCGCGUCCGGCGGGACACCAAGUUUCUGUUCCGUUGGCGGUGCAACAACUCUCUUAGGUGACAUACUUCCUGGUAUUUCAGUUCAAGUACAGAAAGUAAUCCAAGGGCUCGAGGAGAACGAGGACUCACAGGGCGACGCACCCAACUUGAAGUUGGAGCCAGGCACAUUAGAGUUGUCCCCCAAGACCGAAAUACAGGAAUCAAUGCAUUUCAGCGAAACGGACGCCACCAUUAAGAAGGAACGCCCGUACAGUUGCGACGAGUGCGGCAAGUCCUUUCUGCUCAAGCAUCACUUGACGACCCACGCACGCGUACACACAGGUGGUGAACGCCCCCAUAUCUGCACCCAUUGCGGCAAGAGCUUCGCCCACAAGCACUGCCUUAAUACACAUCUGUUGCUGCAUUCGACGGAGCGACCGUAUCAGUGCCAGGAGUGCAAGAAAAGCUUCACCCUCAAGCACCACCUGCUGACUCACUCGCGCGUCCAUAGCCGCGAGCGACCAUUCGUCUGUCAGGAGUGCGGACGUGCCUUUCCCUUGAAGCGACACCUGGUUACGCACAGCAAGUUCCACGCCGGUGAACGACCCUACGUGUGCGAGGAAUGCGGUGAGAGCUUUGCCCAGGAGAACCACCUGAUUAUGCACUCGCGCUUUCAUGGUUCUUUGAAUCCAUUCGUUUGCGCCGAGUGCGGAGCCUCGUUUCCACGCAAGUUCCAGCUGGUUAAUCACGGACGCAUCCACGGCAAGAUUCCCCACUCGUGCACAGUGUGCGGCAAGGAAUUUUUACAAAAGCGAACGCUAGUUUCCCACAUGAGGCGGGUACACACUGGCGAGCAGGCUCAUCCCUGCGUCAGCUGCGGCGAGGGCUUCCUCACCAAGGCCGAGCUACACCAGCACGUGAGGACGGCGCACAACGGCGUGAAUCCCAACACGAGCAGUGCCACCAUCAUCGCCAAUCAACAGUAUUACUCAUUCAAGCAGCUGCAACAGCCUCACCACCAUCCUGGCCAGCCGACGCAUCCGCAGACCAUAACAGUGGUCAGCAAUCCGGCCAAUUCCACGCUCCUGACGGUCUCCACCACGGAUGCCAACGGCGUGGCUCGGCCGCAGUUUGUAUGCCGCGAGUGCGGCAGCGCCUUUAACAGCCGGGAAGCGUUGGCACUUCACUUGCGCCUCCAUACCGGCGAUAAGAGUCUGAUGACCGAUCUGUGCGCCCUGACAGCCGCGCUGCCUGGCCACUUUUUGAGCACGGCCAGCCUGAAUCCGGGCACAGUGGUCACGGCCAAUCCGAACCUGGUGGGCCAGAGCCCAGUGCCCGUACAGAUCAUAUCCUCCACCGGGCAGGUGAUGUCGCAGACCACGCUGGUGCAGGCCGCCAACUCGACCCAUCCGCAAGCGGUGGUCACCGCAGUGCCGACCAUGCCGGUCCACGGCCAACAGCAGCAUCUGCAGCACGUGCAACAGCAACAACAACAGCAACAGCAGCAGCAUGUGGUGUCUGUGGCGCCGGCCAACAAACCCAAGUCGCACUUCUGCGCCAGCUGCGGCAAGGGAUUCGCCGCCAAGCACGGACUCAUGCAGCAUAAUCGCCGGCAUCCGAACGGUGGCUGUACCGUCCGCACCCACGUCUGUGAGUGCGGCAAGGCGUUCUUCCAGAAGAACCACCUGAUGCUGCAUCAGCGCCAGCACUUGGAGACGAAGCCAGCCAUAUCGCAGCAACAGGAACAGCAGGCGGAUGCCAGCGACGGCCAGCAGCAGCCGGUUCAAGUACAGAUCUUGUCCGAUGGCCAGAUACACGGCAAGGUCAUCAAGUACGAGGUCUGUCGCAACGCCUUACCGGAGGACCAGCAGCAGGGGGACUAAGCGAAACCAAUUGUAUAUAGUGAUCGUCCAGCCGACAUCAUCGCACUUGGACACAGACAGGCAGAUCAGAUCAGAUCAGAAGAACCGAAGUAUCCUUGGAGUGGGACGUUUCCCUUUAAUUGUAAUAGUUUUAGUUAGGCUUAGGCUAGCGUUUAAGUAAUUGCAUUGUACACAUAAUAGUUAACUAGCGUUACAUACAUGCAUACACUUACAACUAUGUAUACACCAUAUACAUAUAUAUACACCCAUAUAUAUAUAUAUAUAUGCUAUAUAUACGUCCGUGCCACCUGUACGGACUUAGAUGUAAACGAUUAUCUGUUAAUUUUUGCGAUGCGUUGGUCGCAUCUAAAACAACAACCUGUAUGAGUUGCAAGUUUUAAAGUGUUACGUUCAAUUGGUUUUACGCAUUACACGACUUUUAAUACCACAAACCACAUACACAUAUAUAUAUAAAUAUAUAUAUAUGACUAGAUGAGGGACAUAAUUAUGUAUAGGCCCCCUAAACGGAUAAUUCUAGAAGACACUAGGCAAGCGUUGCACUUGAUAUACGUAACCAGUAGCUCCAGUCCGGACUUGGGCGUGGGUGGGCGGUGCGUGGGCAUGCCACAUUUUGUUUGUACAUAUAGAGGAGUCUGCAGCAGCCAACGCCAGCCAUGAGCCAUGAUCAGAACUGGUCCGAUCCGAGUCCGGGCCUGGAGUGGAGUAGGUGCCUGGCACAGUAACUACAUAGCUAACAGAUACAUAACAAGAAACAAAAACUAGGCAGUUCAAGAUACUUUUUUUUUUCUGGACCACAAUUAGGAGCAGCUACCAGAAGAGAUAUACCCCAGACACGAUACCCCAAAACCGACAUCAUCCGACAAUGCACGCUUGGCGACGAAUAUCACACUGUAAAAAAUAACAAUUAAGUCUUAGGAAUGCGUUAAAACCAGACAGAAAAUAAUUGGUAAUUAUUAUAAUCGGAUAAAUAAACAAAAA